CAAGGGUUUAGUGUUUCGUAGUCUAUGUAACCAUAUUAAGUCGAUCAAAUUCGCGGUGAAAUUGAGGAUGUCGAUGUGAGUGAUACCAAAUGGCCGAAAUAUUGAAACUGAUUGUCCUGUGUUUUAUAGGCUUUUCAUUCGCGCAACAAGGGGAGGAUGAAGACGAUCCCAAGGUGAAGGCAAGAUGGAACGACUACAACUCAAUUUUCAUUCGGUACGGAUACCGAAUGUUCGACGAGGGUCAGAUUAGGAAGUUUGAAGUUUGGCAGAACAUGCUCAUGCCAGUUAGCAUCCGUGACAUGAUGGUCGGCAAAGCUAAAUUUUUUCAUCCAUCAGUCCCAUGGCUUGCACCAGAUGGUAGUGUGGCUGAAAUAAAGUAUAUGCUGAGUAAGGAUAAACCUCCAAAUGAAACUCUCUUUGAGCAUGCUAAAAAGGAAGUGGAAGAAAAUACGUGCAUCCGUUUUAAAGAAGUCAAAGAAACUCCUGACAUGAAUUGUCAAGCAGAAGGUGAGACGGAAUACUUUUGUGUUUAUGGAGAGGAAGGGGCGUGCGCGGCUGAGUAUGGGCAAAACCUAUCGCACCCAGCUCUUUUUAGCGUAUCUGAUAACUGCGGAAAGCGUGGUGCAGUCCGUGAGAUUGGUCACGUACUGGGCCUUCAAAACGCACAGAGCAGAUCAGAUAGAAGAAAAUUUAUUGCAAUAGCUUUCAAGAACAUUGGUUAUACGCAUGAUGACUUGUUUCGGAGGGCAGCCUUCUCUGAUUUUCAGUCAUGCGUCGAUUCAAGGGAAGAAAACUUGAAAAUGCCAUACGACUACGUAUCUGUAAUGCAUCAAGGGGUCCUGCAAUGGACUGACAACUAUGAGCUUGUGAUGGUUCCAAACGAUCCAAAGUACUUGUAUAUGAUAGAUUACGCUCAAGACUUCCAUCCCCAUUUGUCCCACUACGACAAAUUGCUGCUUAACACCAUUUACAAAUGUGACAAAAGACUCGGGAAAAAAUGUGGCUCUAAGUCAUGCAAAAAUUUAGGCUACCUGACCAAGGACUGCAAAUGCGUAUGCCCGAAGGGAACAUCCGGAGAAACAUGUUCGAGCGUUGGUUCUUCUACGGAUGUGUACGAUCUCCCAGAAAAACCAGCGUGCUGGAGGGAGGUUACAUCGGAUGACGACAGCUUUACGCUAAGUAGCGCUGGUUUGGCCCCAUUAAAAGAUCUCCAGCCCCCAUUUACCCAGCACUGCGUCAUCGUGGUAACCGCAAGUCGUUGCAAACUACCGAUGGUUACGGUAGAUGCACGGAUUGCCAUGCUAGGCUUGCGUCCGAAGAUAAAGUGGUGGUUUGACAACGAUCUAUUGUCGUGCUCCUACUUCAGCAUUUUCUACAAUGUGAGCGGAAUGCAUACUAGAAAUAUCUGUUGGGAUCAACUAGUGGACAAUCCGGUUUACUGGAUAUUUUCGAGAACAGGUCACAUGUGGCUUUUUGCCCGAUUCCGAGACCAAGAAAUGGCGGGAGUUGCUGGACGGAUCAAGCUAUUCUUCCAUAGCACUGGCGAUUUCCGUUGCAAACUAGGCAACAACGAGAUCUUUGACGCGGUCAAUGCAGGAAGAAUGCGAUCCACCGGGGGCGCCGCUCAGUCAGCACAAGCUAUGGCGAUUAUUCUACCAGCAGUGGCCGUGUGUUUGCUGCUGGUACUGGGCUUUGUGUACUGGAAGUUUAUACGAGCGCCAAUGGCCUCAGAUGAGGAGCAGGCUGAAGAAGAAAACGCGGAUACGGGUGAUCAGCCGCCUGCCGAAGAUGCUGAACAGCCUGCUGCAGAAUAAAGCUUCGUCGUCCCAGAGCCACCGGUCGCCUCUUUUGUCAGAGCCAAGCUCAUUAACCGAUUACAAAUUCCUGUGUAGUUGUGUUAAAGCGAGACCACGAAGAUUUGCAUUGCGUCCUGUUGAUGUCAAGGUAUGUGUUGUUCACAUCUCGAUGAUAACUAAAUAAUCACUAGCGAGGGUGCAUAUUUUGUUACACUCGCUAUCAGAACAUACGCACUCAGUGUAGAGACGAGCUUGAUCUGACCUUUGCCGGGGAAGUGGAUAUUCGGGCUGGUGUUUUGGCCUUCAACCCAUGCAAUGUCGUUACAAAAGUUAAGAGGAAUGGCUACGUCCGAUUGAUAUCAGCAAGUGCCAGCAAACCGGCCUGAAUGCGUUUCGGUUUACGAUUGCUGAUGUGCUGAAUGACUUUCAAAAUACGGUUUGUUUGCGGAAAUCAUCUGGGCUGAUUAGCCUCCUGAAGAAGGGUUGGCAUAUAAAUAUAUGAGAGUACCACU